AUGAAGCAAUUGCAAAGGCAAUCAGGAACAAAAAGAGAUGAAGAGAUUCCCAUAUCCCAAACCUCACUUUACUCUCCCAAAGCCUUGAAACACCCCAAACCCCUCUCCAGAUCCAUCAGUUAUCUCCUCAAAGAGCAGCGCCUUCUUUUUAUUCUUGUGGGUAUUCUCAUUGGCUCCACUUUCUUCAUUCUCCAGCCUUCCCUCUCCCACCUUUCAUCAGGAACUCACAAUCACCUGAUUGCCAGAUCGAAUGCAUUUUCUGGGAAUCGUGAAUCAAUUACUUACUAUGAUCACAAUGGGGUGAUUGAAAAUAACAAUGUCGAGAAUAAGAAUAAUUAUAAGUAUAAUAAUGCGGUGGGGAGAGUGUCGGUGGGGAUAGGAAGGAAGAGGAAGAGGAUUGUGGUGACUGGUGGGGCCGGAUUCGUUGGCAGUCAUUUGGUGGAUAAGUUGAUUGCAAGAGGUGAUGAUGUGAUUGUGAUUGAUAAUUUUUUCACUGGAAGGAAAGAGAAUGUGGUGCAUUUGUUAGGGAAUCCGAGGUUCGAGCUGAUCAGGCACGACGUUGUAGAGCCAAUUUUAUUGGAGGUCGAUCAAAUCUACCACUUGGCUUGCCCAGCUUCUCCGGUUCAUUACAAGUAUAACCCUAUUAUGGAUACUGGCGUUAAUGGUUAUUCGAUAAAGAGAUACUUUAUUAGAUCAAGUUAUUUUUCUUUGGAAUUUGAAUUGAGAUCCUUGACAUGUGAUUACAAGACAAAUGUGAUGGGUACCCUUAAUUUGCUGGGCCUUGCAAAAAGAAUUGGUGCUAGGUUCCUUCUUACUAGUACGAGUGAGGUUUAUGGUGAUCCUCUUCAGCAUCCACAGAAAGAGACGUAUUGGGGACAUGUGAAUCCAAUAGGUGUACGGAGUUGCUACGAUGAAGGGAAACGAACGGCUGAAACAUUAACUAUGGAUUAUCAUCGUGGUGCCGGUAUUGAGGUGCGCAUUGCACGUAUAUUUAACACGUAUGGACCUCGCAUGUGUCUAGAUGAUGGCCGUGUUGUCAGCAACUUUGUUUCACAGGUUAUACGUAAGCAACCUAUGACGGUUUAUGGUGAUGGAAAGCAAACAAGGAGCUUCCAAUAUGUUUCUGACUUGGUUGAUGGACUAGUGGCAUUGAUGGAAAACGAGCACGUGGGACCAUUCAACUUGGGUAACCCGGGAGAAUUCACGAUGUUAGAGCUUGCAGAGGUUGUGAAAGAAACUAUUGAUCCCAGUGCAAAGAUUGAUUUCAAACCUAACACUGCUGAUGAUCCUCAUAAGAGGAAGCCAGAUAUCAGUAAAGCAAAGGAGCUUCUGAACUGGGAGCCGAAGAUUUCCUUGCACGAGGGGUUGCCUCUCAUGGUCACUGAUUUUCGAAAUCGCAUCUUGAACGAAGAUGAAGGGAAGGGAAACAAAUAA